UGAGCGGCAUGCCCUGUGCGUGCGCGUGUGCCUACGGGAGGGAGGGAGCCAGGCGCAGGCGCAUCGUCCGCCCGUCUGCAGCCCGGGCGCUCUCAGUGCAGAUCCCGGGGAGUUGAUGGCAGCAGCGCGGUGCAGCCACCCGGCGGAGAGCGGAGCGUGGCGGAGCCCUGAGCCCAAAAUGUGCGGGGAGGAAGACAGCGGCUGCAGCAGCUCCGGGAGCCCGAGGGACGGGGCCGGGCACCCGCUGGUUACCCAGCUCUCCUGACCUGCAUACCCCCUCCCCACACAUCGCUCCCCCAAAGAAUGUCAGCCAAGUCCAAGGGGACCCCCGCCUCCUCCUCGCCACCCGAGGGGCCGCCCGCAGCCUCCAAAGCCAAGGUGAAGGAACAGAUCAAGAUCAUCGUGGAGGAUUUGGAAUUAGUCCUGGGGGAUCUGAAAGACGUGGCCAAGGAACUCAAGGAGGUGGUUGAUCAGAUUGACACAUUGACAUCUGACCUGCAGCUGGAGGAUGAGAUGACAGACAGUUCCAAAACUGACACGCUGAACAGCAGCUCAAGCAGCACAACAGCGUCCAGCUUGGAGAAAGCCAAAGUGCGUGCCAAUGCACCUCUCAUCAAGCCCCCAGCACACCCAUCUGCCAUUCUCACCGUACUGAGGAAACCCAAUCCACCACCACCUCCACCACGGUUGACUCCAGUGAAGUGUGAAGACCCUCACAGGCCAGUUCCUUCUGCCAACCCUGUAAAGACUAAUGGGACCCUACUUCGAAAUGGAGGUUUACCAGGAGGACCAAACAAGAUUCCUAAUGGGGAUGUAUUUUGCAUACCUAAUAGUAACUUGGACAAAGUUCCAAUGCAUCCUCUGAUUCAUAGACCAGAUAAAGACAGGUGUCCUCAGACAGGAACACGGGAACGAGUACGAUUUAGUGAGAAAGUGCAGUACCAUGGCUAUUGCCCUGACUGUGACGUUCGGUAUAACAUUAAAAACAGGGAGGUCCACUUACACAGUGAGACGGCCCACCCGCUGGGAAAGCUUCCUCACCAAUGUCCUCCUUUACCACCGCCGCCUCCUCCUCUCCCUCCAUUGCCUCUAGAAAAUGGAGGCUUGGGAAUAAGUCCCAGUAAUAGCUUUCCCCCUCUCAGACCUGCGACUGUGCCUCCACAAACUGCACCAAAACCCCAGAAGACCAUCUUGAGAAAGUCAACCACUACAACAGUGUGAUGUAUGCCACUUGAAAAACUGUUUGUUUUUUUCCUAUAUAUAAACAUAAACAAAUAGGUAAUGAGCACUUUCUACUCAAGCAAUAAAAAGCCCAAAUAUAUUACAUUCUGUGUUCAGCGAAGUGGCAUAAAAAU